UUUCGUCUCUGUAUCUCCGUACCAACAUGAUUCCAAGGCGGUCGCCAAAUCCUCUGUUCCUUGCGGCCUCGAUGCGCGUCUCUCGCCUGCCGCUCCGCCGCUCUCCGGCCGGUACUCCGGUCUACGCCGCAGCACUCCAGCAACCGGUGCCGUCGCCUCCGCUCGAAUCCGGACCCUCUAGGUCGGAUCUGUCUUCUCUUCUCCCCUUCUCGCCGCUCCACGCCGGCGGUCGGAGCUUCACCCGUCUCUCUUCUAUGGAGGGUUUUUGUGCGAGAUUUACGAAUCGGCGCUUUUCGAGUCAGGCGUGGGUUGAUGUUCCCCGAGGCGAAGUGGUGGACGUGACUCUAGCGCAGACUGGGGAAGGGAUUGCCGAGUGCGAGCUCCUGAAAUGGUUCGUGAGUGAGGGUGAUCUGGUAGAAGAAUUUCAAAGGCUUUGUGAAGUGCAGAGUGAUAAGGCAACUAUAGAAAUUACCAGCCGAUUCAAGGGGAAAGUUGUUCAGAUGCUUUAUGUUCCUGGUGAUAUUGUGAAGGUUGGAGAAACAUUGGUGAAGAUAGUAGUUGAUGAUGCUCAAACUCCUUUUGGAUCUGAGGAUGAUGAAAAUAUGACAUCUCUGGAUGUUGGAUCAACUGGUUUAGAUUCUCAAAGUACAUCAAGGAAACCAGAAGCUUCAGGGGGAGUCCUAUCUACUCCUGCUGUCAGGAAUCUCGCAAAACAAUACAGUGUUGACAUAAAUGAUAUCUGUGGAACUGGAAGGAAUGGAAGGGUUUUGAAAGAAGAUGUUCUGAAAUAUGCUGCUAGCAAGAAUAUCUGCAAAGAAGGACCAUUUCUUUUGGAUGUUGUUGAUGAGCAUACUGAAGAACUUGAGCUGUUGAAAGAUGGGAAAGGAUUUCAUGUGGAUAUUGGUGAUGCAAUGUGUUAUGCAGAUAAGAAAAUUCCUCUCAGGGGAUUUCAGAGGUCUAUGGUUAGAUCGAUGACCAUGGCUGCAAAAGUUCCACACUUUCAUUAUUUUGAAGAAGUAAAUUGUAAUGCUCUUGUAGAACUUAAAGCGGCUUUGCAGAAAGAAAAUAAGGAUCAGAGUGUGAAGCUUACAUUUCUUCCGUUUCUGAUAAAGUCUCUGUCAAUGACAUUGAGUAAAUAUCCCCUACUAAACAGCUCCUUCCAUGAGGAAUCCAAUGAAAUCAUCAUGAAAGGUUGCCAUAACAUUGGUGUAGCGAUGGCGACUCCUUAUGGUCUAGUUGUGCCAAACAUAAAGAAGGUUCAAUCACUAACAAUAUUGGAGAUUAUGAAGGAAUUGGCCAGAUUGCAACUAAUGGCAUUAAACAACAAGCUAAAUUCUGAAGAUAUUACUGGUGGAACAAUAACCUUGAGCAACAUUGGAGCAGUUGGUGGCAUGUUUGGUUCUCCACUUCUUAAUUUACCUGAGGUUGCUAUCAUUGCUAUUGGACAAAUUCGAAAACUUCCCCGUUUUGAUGAUGCUGAUAAUGUUUAUCCAGCUUCAAUAGCCAACGUCACAAUUGGAGCUGAUCAUAGGAUCGUGGAUGGAGCUACAGUUGCUAAAUUCUGCAAUGAAUGGAAGCUUCUGAUCGAAAAGCCAGAGUUUCUCUUGUUGGACAUGCGAUGAUUCUUCAAACGACACAGUUCUGCUGCUGGUUCAGUAGGACCUCAGCUCCCCUCAAGCACAAGAAAAGAAAAGCAUAUAGUUUACACAAUCUGCUUCUCGGAGGCGGAUGCCAAUUGGAUGUUUGUACUCAAGAGACUUGAACAAGUACAGUCACUUCACAGUGGGGAGGGAACAUUGAAGUUAAAAAGCAUUGAAAGUCAACAGUUGCAUGUCUAACAAAUAAAAAAAUAUUAGUGAUAAAAAAAUCUAAAGAGUUGAGUGAUCCUAAACCUCUUAAUA